AUGACCACCAUAGCAGAAGACUCCGCCCCCCCCGCCUGCAAAGUCAUUUAUGCCUCGGCCGUGGCCGAGGGCAUACUGGGGGAGGUCAAGGGCUCGGUUGAGAGGCUGGGACGUACACCGUUGCUGGUUGGGUUUCUGGCGAAUGGCGAUCCAGCGGCGAGGAUGUAUGCAAAUUGGACGGAGAAGACUUGUUCACAGAAGUUUGUGCGCUCUUUAUCAUCACCAUUGUCAUUUUUGAUAGUUUUUUAUUUUUGGAGGGGGAGAGCUAACGUGCUGUAGCGGGGUAAGGUUUGAACUUAGGGAAGUGGACAAGGACGACCUUGAAGAGAGUGUCAUCGCGGCGAAUACAGAUGAUUCGGUUGGGGGGAUCAUUGUUUAUUAUCCGGUUUUUGGGAGUAGUCAGGUUCGAUACUCCGUCUGCUGCGAGAUUAUAGAGUUAAUGAGAAGUAGGACGCAUACCUCCAACAGAUCACCUCUAAAGAGAAAGAUGUCGAGGGCCUUUCACACGCUUACUUGUUCAACAUGUACCAGAACAUCCGCUUCCUCGAUGCGGAAAAGUUGCAGAAGUCGAUCCUUCCAUGCACACCCCUGGCUAUCGUCAAGAUCCUCGAGCACAUCUCCGUGUACAACUCCAUCCUGCCUUACGGUAACAGGCUCUUUGGGAAGACCAUCACUGUCGUCAAUCGCUCGGAGAUUGUGGGACGUCCACUUGCAGCGCUGUUGGCGAAUGACGGGGCAAGCGUAUACUCUAUCGAUAUUAGUAACGUGCAGUACUUUACCCGAGGCGCGGGGAUCAGGAGACGGCAGCAUCAGGUUCAUGACACAGAGUUAAAGCUCGAGGAUGUGGUCCCCAAGAGUGAUGUUGUGAUUACUGGUGUGCCGAGUAAGGAGUAUAAAUUUCCUGUGGAGUUGUUGAAGGAGUAUGUUGCCUCACCGUAGUAUUAGGGAUCACGCGUCUAAUGGGGAUUGCCAUAGUGGCGCGGUUUGCGUAAACUUUUCUUCGGAGAAGGUAUGUUUCUCAUGUCCCCCUUAAUUGGAUUAUGGGGCCGGACGGGAGUUUUGAGGGCCGACAUGGAGUGUAUAGAAUUUCGGGCCGGAAGUCAAGGAGAAAGCGUCGAUAUAUGUUCCAGCCAUUGGGAAGGUUACGAUUGUGGUUCUUCUUAGAAAUCUUUUGGUAUGUUUAUUUGCUUUAAUGGGGAGAUUUGGUGGCUUUCGUGCUAAUAUUUGACUGCAGAGGGUUGUGGAGAACCGUCAGCAACGAGAGGAGGCGGAGAGAAAGGAGAGUUUGUAGCCUUCGGAAGGGGGUUUUUUUUUUUUAAAGACGGCACGGUUACAUUACCGGUAGUAGAAUUUGCAUGGAGGCAUGCUUGGUGUUAGCUGGGUUUAUUUAUUGAGGGAUUUGGUUAGACUGUGCACGGCACUCGGAGCGUGGGAUAACUUUUUCAUCCGACACUCUUAGGGCCUGUUUGGAUGAAAUGGUUCUGUUCCGUUAGCCCAUGCAAAUGACCAUUUCCUUACUUUUCGAAAAGGUUGUUGCCAAAAGGCCGUUUGGCACACCCGCUAUUAACCUUUCUGUUUCAAUGGUUGACCGUUAGCAACAACCUUUUCCACCAGCCAAACCAGUGUUGGCGGUGACCAGGGCUGAUGAAUUGACCAGUGCUGGCCAUGAAUAUGGUCAGUGGAAGGGGGUGACUGGGGGUGAUGGGUUGUUAGGGUUAUGGUGGAAUACCUACAAUCAGGGGACUGCUUUUUGUCAUCCACAAUAGGUAUUAUAACUGCAAUAUUAUGGAGGUACAGCUCUU